UGUCCAAUCACAGCUGAUCACAUGUAAACAGGGAAAUGCCGGUUAUCUGCGUUUCUCUCCCCACAAGCUGUCACGCUGGCAGCUUCGAGAGGAGAGCCGAGCACUGAUGAUCAGUGUGUCCUGAUGAUCUGUGUAUCCCCAGCAGCGCCACCUGUCAGUGUCCAUCAGUGCCAGCUCUCAGUGCUCAUCCAUGCCACCUGCCAGUGCCCAUCUGAGCUGCCUUUCAGUGUCAUCUAUCAGUGCCCAUCAGUGAUGCCUGUCAAUGCUCAUCAGUGCCACCUACCAGUACCUCCUCAUCAGUGCCCAUCACUACAGCCUCAUUAGCACACAUCAGUGAAGGCGA